UAUGCGCAUCCCCAUCACUCUUUCCCUGUUCUUUCCUUUCACCCCAACAGACUUACCCAUUUCUUUCUCUAUAUACAGUAUAUAAUACUCCCCUCUCGCUUGUCUCCCAUCACGCGUUAUUACUUGUUUGUUGCUAAAAAUGGAACCACCAUCUGCAUCUGCUGCUAACACCAUUAUUGAAGAUGAAGAAGAAGAAGAAGAAGAAGAAGAAGAAGAAGAAGAAGAAGAAGAGGAAGAAUAUAAGGUAGCAUGCUCAGCCGUCGAUCAGAUGCCUCCGGGCUUCAGAUUCCAUCCAACCGACGCCGAGAUUGUAACUCACUAUCUUCUCAACAAGGUCAUCCACAGACGAUUCCGAGCUGUAGCUAUCAACGAGAUUGAUCUCAACAAGUGUGAACCGUGGGAUUUACCUCAUAAGGCGGCGAAGACGGGAGAAAACGAGUGGUUCUUCUUUUUCGAGAAGGAAACGAAGUAUCCAUCAGGUACGAGAACGAAUAGAGCAACAGCGUCGGGAUAUUGGAAGGCGACCGGGAAAGAUAGAGAGAUACACAAUGCCAAAAAGAAGGUUGUUGGGAUGAAAAAAACACUUGUAUUCUACAAAGGGAGGGCUCCAAAAGGCCACAAAACCAAUUGGGUCAUUCAUGAAUACAGACUCCAUGGAGACUUCUCCGCCUACAAUAUCUCCCAUCAUGCCAAGGAAAAAUGGGUUGUUUGCAGGGUUUUCCACAAGAAAGAUGAAGCAAAUACUCCACUCGACUCGUUUGUUGAUCGUUUUCUCGUUGACACCUCUACACUGUUGCCGCCAUUGGCAGACGACUAUUCCUCUCGAAAACCUAGUUCAAGCAAGAAUAAGUUACACCAGAACAACUUAUUGGUUCCUCAUCCAAAUAUACAUAGCUACAACCAAUAUUAUAAUCUCAACCCUUAUGGUAUCGGCUCAGCGCCAUCUCUCGUUUUCCAGCAUCAGUCGUUGUGGUGUCUCGCCAACUUUCCUGAGAAAAUAGGUGACCAUGAGUAUGAUGAUAAGCCUAAUUCAGCAACUCAUGUUUAUAUAGGUGGGAAGGAGCCAGAGAGAAUGUGUAAAAUAGAGCAGGAUUCAUUCGAUUUACGAGACACUGGGCUCGCCAUUCUGGAGAAAGGGAGUGAGAGCAACAAGGACUAUGAGGGUCUGUGUUUCAGCCCUGAUAUGGAAUCUUUGUGGAGUUACUCAUGAAUAUUUAUCAUUGACAUAGAUAUAUAUUAGGUUACUAUAGUAUUUAUAUGGUGGUUUCUGAUAUAUGGGGAGUUAUUGAUUGUAUUCUUAUGAUUUAGUUUUGUUGUUUGAUGAUGCAUGAGAUUGUUUCAUGCUUGUACU